AAAAGCAAUAAAAUCCCAGCAACCGGUUAAUAGCUAAGUAAAAGUAAAAAUGUACGUAAUUCAGCGAAUGUACGCAGUUGACUGUAAUCCCAAGGGCCCUGUACUCUCUCUGGUUCUAGGCUGUGGCGCCAAAAGUCGGCAGCUUAGAAAGAAAGCGCCGGUCCGGGGAGUUAAUCGCGAAUUUUCGAUUUUCUGACUUUCUGGAAUCUACAAACUCGAGAGAUUCAAUCUACGACUUCUACUAUUGUCUGCAAAAGAAGGAAAUUGGUGACACGUCAAUUAUCUUUGUUUCUGUUUAGAAGGUAAACGGUCCUUUACAAUCGUCUGGAAACGCAGUCGAAAGAAAGACAGUCAAUUCAAAAGGAUCAGCAUAUAUCCAGGCCAAGUGGCGGGAUGACGGCGGAUAGCAUUCGGCGGCAGAACGAGCAAGAAGGGAUCACAGUAGUUCAGAGGACAUUAUCAGCAUGCUCUGGAUCUCUGAUAACUUCGCUAGUCAUAACUCCGCUAGAUGUCAUUCGAGUGCGGUUACAGCUCCAAGAUAGUCUACAGCCUUCGCGACACGCUUCACAUUCGGCGGUCAGCACGGCGGCUACCGAGUUCAAAUCAUACCCAUUCCCGCGGCUAAACCCGUCGGAAAUCGCGGCGACUGAUUUGGGCGUUACCGCGUGCUGCCGCGAUGUCUUCAAUAUCCCGUCGACAGUCGACUACUGCGUCGCCUCACACUUUGACGAGUGCGCGGUUCAGCAGUAUUCGCAGCGGCAUAUUUUUCGGGGGACAUUUGACGGCUUCAACAAGAUUAUUAAGAACGAAGGCGCGUCUGCGUUAUGGCGAGGAUUGUCGCCCACGUUGGGAAUGUCGAUCCCAGCAAAUGUCAUUUACUUUGUAGGAUAUGAUCAUUUACGGCAUAAUGUCCCCAUCCAGAACGACACACUCGCGCCACUUGUGGCAGGAGCAUUUGCCCGAACACUUGCGACCUCAGCUAUUUCCCCCAUCGAACUAUUUCGAACACGACUCCAGUCCCUAGCAUCACCUACAGCGUCCACCUCCUCGUCAACAUCAACAACAACCAGCAAAAUGCCGUCUUCGUCACGAGAAGCAUUCGCCACUACCUUGGACGGAAUCAAAGUCAUGGUUCGCCAGCAAGGCGUCGCGUCGCUCUGGCGUGGCCUCACACUAACACUCUGGCGCGACGUCCCGUUCUCGGCCGUGUACUGGGCCGCCUACGAAAACAUGCGCACGCUCCUCGACAAAUACAACCAGUCGCGCCAGCAACCGCUCGGCGCAAUCAACACCCCUCUGCAACCCCCGAGCGAGUUUGCGACGUUCCUGCAAGCCUUCCUCUCCGGCGCCACAGCAGGCAGUUUCGCAGCCUUUGUCACGACACCUUUCGACGUGGCCAAAACGCGGCGCCAGGUCCUGCGGAAUCGAGACCCCUCGCUCGACGGGAUGCUUUCGAUGCUGCGCAACAUCGCCGAGGAAGAAGGCGUCGCGGGCUUGUUCAAGGGCCUCGUGCCGAGAGUUAUGAAGGUCUCGGUGUCGUGCGCAAUCAUGAUUUCGUUCUACGAGGUCGGCAAGCGCAUCUCUAUGAGGUCUUCUGCGGCGUCGCGCGCGAUCUUUCCGGCUAGUGCUGAUGGCGCGGGUGGUGGUGCGGAACAUAGCGCGGGCGUGUCACAGAGAGAUGCAGAGGAGAUCAUCAUUGCGGUCGAAACCGAAUAGACAACCAAACUAGAGCAAAAUCACACUGGGUUUUAAUUUCAUUUUACAUCUUCCUCAUUAUUUUAUGGAUGCCUUGUAUAUUUCUAUUCACCUUUAUUUCCGGUUAUAUCCUCCAUUUUCUGAUCACGGUUUUUUUAUAUUUUUUUCAUUAUACAGGUAGUUUGGGUUUCUUGUCAUUUUUUUUUAGAUUUAUAUAACAUCUGGAUCUACAUAAUCUCUACUUCACUUCUCUAUCCCGGAUACAUAUUUUUAUUGUAUUUUUGGGGCUGCAUGACUAUAGUUAUCGUGUAUAAUACAACAGCUAUAUUUACCUUGUUCAUUCGUUCUAGUUC